CCAAUCGCACUAAUCUGCUCGGCUGACCGGUCGGGUGGCUGCGCCGGUGUCUGCUACCCCUCGGGCAGGCCGAGGGUGAGGAAGCAGUGGCUGCGGCGUGAGGACUGGACCAUGAGGGGGGCACGGCCGGUGCUGCUGGUGCUGGUGCUGGCGGCCUGCAGCGGCGAGCUGGUGGGGGCCCUGAGAUGCUACACCUGUCACGAGCCCACCAGUGUGUCCAGCUGUGUCACCAUCGCCACCUGCGGUGUCAACGAAACCAUGUGCAAGACCACCCUCUACUCCUUGGAGAUAGUGUACCCCUUCUUGGGGGACUCCACGGUGACCAAGUCCUGCUCCAGCAAGUGCGUGCCCUCGGACGUGGACGGCAUCGGCCAGACGCGGCCCGUGUCCUGCUGUAACAACGACCUGUGCAACGUGGGCGGGGCGCCCGCCCUGGACGGCCACCGCAGCCUGGCCUUCGUGCUGGUGCUCCUCCUGCUCUGGAGCUUUGGACCCUAGAGCCCUCCCCCCCCAACACACACCCCUGCAAGCCAGCCCCAACCGCUCUUGAAGAAGCACCACCCCUGCA